AUGGCAAUGUUCAAGCAAGCACUUAAGGAUUACUUUGUAUAUGAGGAAAAAGAGCUUAUGUAUUUGAAGAAUGAGCCAAAGAGGAUUAGAGCAAGGUGUGCUGAGGAGGGUUGUCCAUGGCUGGUGUUUUGCUCUCAUAAUAGUCAGAGUCUAAGUUUUCAAAUCAAGACAUUCAUUGGAGAGCAUAACUGUGGUAGGAAUUUGAGCAGCAACAUGGCUGAUAGAGCUUGGGUGACAAGUAAGUUGGUAAAAAGGUUGGUAACUCAACCUCUAAUGACUCCGAAAGAGGCACUAGAGCACAUGAAGCAGGACUAUAAUGUCCAUAUAAACUAUAGGAUGAUAUACAGAGCCUUGAAAGCUGCUAGAGAGCAAGCAAUUGGAAAGGAGCGAGAACAAUAUGGAAAGCUACAUGACUACUUAAAUGAAAUUCACAGAAGCAAUCCUGGAUCCACUGGUAUGGUUGAUGUAAUUCCUCAACUGGAGGGUCGUCCACUCUUCAAUAGGUUGUACAUUUCACUGGAUGCUUGCAAGAAAGGCUUCAAGGUGCGCUGUCGUCCUCUGAUCGGAUUGGAUGGAUGCUUCUUAAAAGGGUACUUUGGUGGUCAUCUGUUGUCAGCUGUGGGGCAGGAUGCCAAUAAUAGUUUCUUUGUUAUAGCAUUUACUGGAUUGGCUAAGGCAUUGCAUGAGGUAAUGCCACAAGCCCAUCAUAGGAACUGUGUCUUACAUAUAUGGAAAAACUUCAUCAAGAACUUUAAGGACAAGCACACAAAAGGGCUAGUUUGGAAGGCUGCUAAGAGCACAACAAUGAGAGAAUUCAAAGACUCAAUGGAACUUGUGAAGAAGGUGAACAAGGAUGCUUGGGAGUAUCUACGGAAGUUUGAUCCUGGUGCAUGGACGAAGGCUUACUUUAGCCAUGGCCCGAAGUGUGACAAUAUCACCAAUAACAUGUGCGAAGUUUGGAAUGCCAAGAUCGUGGAGUAUAGAGAAAAACCGAUUUUAACUAUGUGCGAGGAGCUUCGAAGUUACAUUAUGCGAAAGAUGGCAGGGCACAAGCACAGAAUAAGCAAAUGCAAGGGUAAAUUAGCUCCAGUUCAACAACUAAGGCUGGAUGAGUAUAUCAUUCCUGAGAGCAAUAAGUGGACAGCAGAGUGGACUGGGGAUGAGGCAAAGGUAUUGUUUGAAGUCCAGAGGUUGCCUUGCAAGCAUGCAGUGGCUGCUAUCUCAAGGUUAAGGAAACAAGGGCUGAGGCCAGAGGAUUUUGCACAUAAAUGGCUUACAAUAGAAGCUGUUCGGGUUACUUAUAGGGACUCCAUUAAACCAAUGAAUUCUGAGGAGUUUUGGAAAGAAACAAACAGGCUGCGUCCAGAGGCACCAAUCAUUAGGAGAGCCCCUAGGAGACCAACCAAAAAAAGGGCUGUUGAUGUGGUGGCUGAGUCACAAAUGCAGCAGCAAGGUCACAAGGCGAGGAAGUCAUUCCAAGUCACGUGCAGUAAAUGUGGGCAAAAGGGACACUACCACAUGACUUGCAAAGGACCUCCUGCAAAUCUGAAUUGGCAGCCAAAACGAAAGAAGGCAAAGCAACAACAAAUUGGAAAUCAAUCAUCACAGCUACCUCCAGAUCAUAUAGUAGCUGAGAUUGUUAUUUUUGGAUUUGCACAGGCCGGGGAAGGAGUUGGAAGCAAUGUUCCCCAAAAUGUUACUGCCACAUCUAUUGAUCCAGUGAGUAAAGCAAAAAGGCAAAAGAAAAAAGUCCCAAAGACCUCUAACACUCACUCAGUCCAACAAGAAACAAGGAUUGACACUCAAUCCUCACACCCUGCCCAACCACCAGUAGAGGGUGUGGACUAUAACACUGAGCUCUCAAACCAUACUACCCCAACUACACUCAACCACGGGCCAAACUUCAGACCCAAGCAAGCUAUAACUAGACCUCCAGCACCUACGGUGUACCACCCUCAACAGCAGGCCACAGCCCCAACAAUUCAGCCACCUCUACAGCAAGCAACAACCCCAAACUCAUAA